UUAGAUUGCAAUGAAGCUCAGCAGCCCCUGAAGAUGCAUUGCACUACAUAAAUCAGCAGCACUCGAACUAAAUACAAGGUUUGAGGCAUAUUAUAUCCCCAUUAGGAUACGCAACUAAAACCACAAACAAAAAGCUUUUCGGCAAUGGACUUAAUCGAGCAGGAAUCCCGGCUGGAAUUCCUGCCCGGCGCAGAGGAGGAGGCGGAGUUCGAACGCCUGUAUGCGGCCCCCGCCGAGAUUGUGGCCCUGUUGUCCAUUUUCUAUGGGGGAAUCAGCAUCGUGGCUGUCAUUGGCAACACUUUGGUCAUUUGGGUGGUGGCCACGACCAGGCAGAUGCGGACUGUGACAAAUAUGUAUAUCGCUAAUUUGGCUUUUGCCGAUGUGAUUAUUGGCCUCUUCUGCAUACCAUUUCAGUUCCAGGCUGCCCUGCUGCAGAGCUGGAAUCUGCCGUGGUUCAUGUGCAGCUUCUGCCCCUUCAUUCAAGCCCUGAGUGUGAAUGUCUCGGUGUUCACGCUGACCGCCAUAGCCAUCGAUCGGCAUAGGGCCAUCAUUAAUCCACUUAGGGCGCGUCCCACCAAGUUCGUAUCGAAGUUCAUAAUUGGUGGCAUUUGGAUGCUGGCCCUGCUGUUCGCGGUGCCCUUUGCCAUUGCCUUUCGGGUUGAAGAGUUGACCGAAAGGUUUCGUGAGAACAAUGAGACCUACAAUGUGACGCGGCCAUUCUGCAUGAACAAGAACCUGUCGGAUGAUCAAUUGCAAUCCUUUCGCUACAGCCUGGUUUUUGUCCAGUAUCUGGUUCCAUUCUGUGUCAUCAGCUUCGUCUACAUCCAGAUGGCGGUACGUUUGUGGGGCACACGUGCACCUGGAAACGCGCAGGAUUCAAGGGACAUAACGCUGCUGAAAAACAAGAAGAAGGUCAUCAAAAUGCUAAUUAUCGUGGUCGUUAUCUUUGGACUCUGCUGGCUGCCACUGCAGCUCUAUAAUAUUCUGUAUGUCACGAUACCGGAAAUCAACGACUACCACUUCAUUAGCAUCGUCUGGUUCUGCUGCGACUGGCUGGCCAUGAGCAAUAGUUGCUACAAUCCCUUUAUUUAUGGCAUCUACAACGAAAAGUUCAAGCGGGAAUUCAACAAACGCUUCGCGGCCUGUUUCUGCAAGUUCAAGACGAGCAUGGACGCCCACGAUAGGACCUUUUCGAUGCACACCCGCGCCACCUCCCUAAGGUCCACCUACGCCAACUCCUCCAUGCGAAUCCGGAGUAAUCUCUUUGGCCCGGCGCGGGGUGGGCUCAACAAUGGAAAGCCGGGUUUGCAUAUGCCGCGAGUGCUUGGCUCCGGUUCCAACAGCGCCGCUUACAACGGAAGUAGUGGGCAGAACAACAAUGUCAAUGGCCAUCAUCAUCUGCAUCAAAGCGUGGUUACCUUUGCUGCCACUCCAGGUGUUUCGGCAUCUGGUGGGGGCGUGGCAAUGCCCCCGUGGCGCCGGAACAAUUUUAAACCUCUGCAUCCGAACGUAAUCGAAUGCGAGGACGACAUGGCACUCAUGGAGCUGCCAUCGACCACGCCCCCCAGCGAGGAACUGGCAUCCGGCGCCGGGGUCCAGUUGGCCCUGCUCAGCAGGGAGAGCUCCGGCUGCAUUUGCGAGCAGGAGUUUGGCAGCCAAACCGAGUGCGAUGGCACCUGCAUACUCAGCGAGGUGUCGCGAGUCCAUCUGCCCGGCUCGCAGGUGAAGGAGCAGGAGCAGGAUGCGGGAAAGUCCUUGUGGCAACCACUUUAAUUCAAACUAGAGUGGUUUAAGUUAUAGCCGUGUUCCAUUGACACAUUCCGCAGCCAGUCCAUGGAUUAUAGACAUGUGGUGCACGGGGUAUAAAUGACAUUCACAUGUGAUGUGUGUGCCAGUAAAAACGCUAUCAUAGCUCAUUAAUCACCCCCACUCGUGUAACUUGUGUGUAUAAAUGUUUUAGGGUCAAGCCACUACACUAACAUGUUCAAAUUUGAUGUGUACAUAUUUUAGGCUUUAGUGUAUAGAGUCCUGCAACUAAAUGCGUCAAUGGAACAUGGCCAUUUACCUCUGUGAUUUCGUCUUAAUGAAUUGUGAUUACAAGUCCCAUUGCUGAUAAUUGUUGCGCAGAAGGAGAUAUUGAAUGGGUGUGAAUGCUGGUCGUGAGCCGUGUACAGUAUUAUAAUAAUGGUAUCUUCAAAUUGCGAUCCUACGAGCACGAAGUCCAAACGUUGUAAAUAAUCGAUUCCUUAAAGACCUUAUCAAGCCAAAACUCACCAAAUAAAAUGUAUAAAUAGCUGAACAAAAAGUAAUCAACUUAAACUAGCACCUGAAAUCAAUUAAGUAGUAUUACAUUAAAUUAUUUAAAAAGUAUUUUAACAUCAAUCCGAUUACGUAUUAAAUCCAACACAAGCACACAGCUGGAUGUAAGCAAAUGUAAUGUACAAUAUUUGUCAUUAAAAAACAGAAAGGCUAAUUAAUGUAAUUAUUAUUGUAUUAAACUACCAAACGAAAACGAAUAAACAUUUCGAGUCAUUAAGCA